UUCUUCAUCAAUUCUCUCCAUUAUUCUUUCUAUUCUGUUCUUGAGAAAGUGAGGAGUGCGAUGGUGCUGUCCGGAGAAGUUGAGGUCGCCAGAGCAAGCCAUGGUGUUCGCCGGAAGUUUCGCCGUUUUUCCGCCGGAAUCAUCGUUUCACUUCAAA